AGAUUUAUCUCUUAGUUGCAGCAUAGUAGACGACAGAUAAAGUGUGUGCGCGUGUGUUUAGUCGAGAAGACACCAGAAUAACUCGCCAGCGCGGACUACUUUGCUCUAAAGUGGAUCUGGAUUUUAUGUACAACAUGACAUUUGAGGAACUAAGUGGGGACUAUUCUCAAGAAAGAAUGGAUUCAGUGGCGACAGCUCUGGAAGAAGUCCUCACCUCUGCGUUGCCACAGGGCAGCAUUACAAUCGGAGUCUACGAGGCUGCCAAGUCUCUCAAUGUAGACCCUGAUAAUGUGGUGUUGUGCAUCCUGGCCACUGAUGACGAAGAUGUGAAAGAUGUGGCCCUGCAGAUCCACUUUACCCUCAUUCAAGCAUUCUGCUGUGAGAAUGAUAUCAACAUCCUGAGAGUCAACAACACCCGGCGCCUCGCAGAAAUACUGGGUGGAGGAGGAAAGCAGAGUGGGGGUGAACCUAUGGACCUGCACUGUGUCCUGGUCACUAGCCCACAUUCGACAUCGUGGAAGGACCCUGCUUUGAGCAAAGUGAACCGAUUCUGCAGAGAGAGCCGCUGUAUGGACCAGUGGGUACCCAUCAUCAACCUGCCCGAGCGAUGAACCUUUAGCUGCAAACACCUGUGAAAGGACUUGUAUCUGCAAAGUAAGAGUGGUGUGAACCCUGAUGGACACUUGACCACCCAGAGAUCAAAAUUCCAAAGCACUGUGGAUGGGGAAAGAAAUAUUGGGAGGAAAAAGAAGCCCCUGCUGUCUACCUGGGACCUAUUUAACGAAGGGGGAAAAAAGAUAUGGGGACUGGAUUUCCACUUUAGACAGGACUGUUUGGAGUUGCAUCUGUCAGCCUUGGAAACCAAGAUGAGAUGGCGAGGUGCUUGUAUCGCCAUGAAGUGGGAAUUUGAAAAAGCAUGUGAUGCCGGACACUGUACAGAUGGAUUAUAUCAUGUAUGUUUGGCCUCUGUGAGGAGUCAGAGAAGUGGGGAGAAACCAGAAAUGGGAGCUGUUGAGUGGACCAAAGCCUUGGCUUCUCUCUGCAGAAACAAAGCACUUGUUGAGACACUGGACCUUUUGCAAUUUCACUUAUUUGAUUAGAAUUGUUAAUGUUGACAUGGCUAUUGUCAAAAUUAAAAAAGGGAAGGGCUACAUAUCCAGUGAAGACAUUCUGUGUAUUUAGUGUUUUCUAUGCCAGCUGUAUUUUUGCCACAAGUAAAAUAAUUCUUUUGUUACAAUUUAA